GCGCUUGUCCAUUCAUAAUACAAAUCUAUGACAUAAAUAUAGGUCAAUCUCUUUUGAACAUUGCAUACCUCCCUCCAUUGACGACUUCACAUCAAAUCAAGAAUGGCUUCAAAAACUUGUAAUUCAUGUCUGCGAGCGCUGAGCCUUCAAUCCGGACGUACUGCCAGGAACAGCAUUGCGAAAUUCAACCCCACCAUCUCGCGAGCUUUCGCAACAGCUAAUGAUAAUUAUGCCAAUCUCGCAGAGGUCAAUCAGAAUCAUGGGACAUCAAUCCCUCCCGUUACACCACCUCGUGCUGGAGAUAAGAUCAAACAUUCUACACAUACCUCACCAAGUCUGGCCAGAGAAUUCAAGAAGGUUUCAGGCAAAGCUAUAACCGAAACAUAUACCGCAUAUGGAGCCACAGAAGAGCUUUAUAAAACCUGCGGGGCACAAGCAGACUACUCUAUACCACAAGCAUCAGAUCCAGAUGCAGAAAUGCCAAAGACGGAAGAAGGUGAAGACUUGGGCAUUGGUAAAGGCUGGUGGCAUGAUCAACUAGCAUUGAAACCUACCUUCAGUACUUGGUCACAGGUAACAAUGCUUCAUUUAUAUCUCCUUUCAGUUCGUCUUCGAUGUUUCCCAGGUGCCGAGUCGCAGCCUUGGCAACAACAUCUUCUCGACCACUUCUUUUAUGAUGCCGAGAACAAAAUGAUCAUUAAUCAUAAUAUGCAUGCUCGUGGUACUCGCAAUAAAUAUCUCAAGGAUAUGUUUGUUCAGUGGCGAGGUCUUCUGGCGGCGUAUGAUGAAGGCUUGGCCAAGGGCGAUGCUGUAUUGGCAGCGGCAGUCUGGAGAAAUGUCUUCAAGGCAAACGAGGAUGUUGAUAUCAAAGGACUCGCGACGAUCGUCAGUUAUAUGAGACGUACCAUGCAGGAGUUGGAAAAACUCUCAGAUCAAGACAUCAUGAGUGGUCAGCUGACUUUUGGUGAUCCUGCUGGAGAAGCAAGUUUUGUUGGUAUCAAGAGCAAAAUGAUGGAUUUGCCAUUGGAUCAGGCUCCGGGAAAGCCUCUAUAGAUCCAAUGUGAAAAAGGAGAUAUAAUCAUGAUUGCGCAAUUCACUCUAGAGCAGCUCGCUCAAUUGUAUUUUAAGGUUAUGUAUUAUUAAUGAAAUCAGCCACUGUCAAAGAUGGCAUUACAACUUGCCAUCGUCACAUCACAAACUGAUUUCGAGACCCAUGAGAUGGUAUGUAUUGGAAUGGAAAAUAUUGUAAAAUGGAAACAAAUGUACUUAUUGCGAAAGCCUAUAGAAGUACUAUAUAGUUGUCAAUAACAAGCAACCAGCUUCGUACCUUA